AUGAGCCCAGAACAACUCGACUCCAUCACGACUCUCUUCUCACGACUUGGGAUGGAUAUAUCCACUCUAGUUGACGAACCCAUUGUAUCACAGCUGAUAUUAUUUGGUCUUCCGAGCACUAGUCGUGUGAUGGGCGAAUCGAAGCCAAUAACCUCGUUUGAAAACCUUGGCGAAGCGCGAAAAGAGCUACAUCGUAUCGAAAUUGCCUAUGACGCUUAUUUUGAGCACAUGUCCCAGGACCAAGCCUGUUGGGCUGCUCCUAAUUUGGACUCGGUACGAUGGCCAUGGCAACGAGCCCAUUUAGUCAAGGGGGAUCAGGAUAUAUAUCGUGCUAUUUGUCGACGUUUUACAUGGUGGAACAAACGCUUUGAUCUACUUCAAGCAUCCAAAUCAUGCGAAUGGACACCUGCCGAAAAGGAAGACUUCUUGAUUCUCUGCAUAUUACAGAAGGUCUGGACGGUUCUUCUCCAGGGCAAACACGAUGUUCGAUCGCGCUUCAGCGAUUUCAAUCAUGCGGACCUCGAGGCUAUUGUGGAAAAGGCCGAGUUGUUCAUACAGACUCGGACCUUGCAUCAUCAUGUAUUCGCCUACGAUGCCGAUAUCAUACCAUCGCUAGGGUUGGCUGGGAUCUUCACUGAAGAUUCCCAUCUGCUUGGACGAAUUAUAAAGGUUCUGGAGAGAUUGAAUAGAAGAGAAGGCAUGUGGGACAGCCGCGAGAUGGCAGAUAUUCUUCGUGCUGUACUUUUGGCAAAGCAAAACCAUUGGCUCCCUAGGAAAAUCUCGCACGGCAGUGCGCAGUCACUAUUGAGCGAUCUGUUAUCCUUUGAAAUACCCUUGCUUAGUCCGACAAGUUCUAUUGCUGUUUGGGCGAGGAGCACUUUGGCUGAGGGGAAUUAG